AUCAGCCAUCAUAAGCUACCUUCGGCUUAUUCACCACAUCAAGCACUGUUGAAUCACCACCAGACCUUAACUUGAAAACGCCUACGUUACCCCUCGACAGCUUUACGUUUCGUCUCUUUGUAUCGCGAGUUCGUUGUAUCCGUACCGAGCGUCACUCCGACUUGCCAGCCACAGCUAAGGCAUAAUGCGUUCUACCUUGGUCCUCGCCCAGCUGUCCCUGUUCUUGACGUCUGUUCACGCCUUCUUUCCUUGGGAUGUAUCUGAGCAUUGUCCAUUCGAAGGUGGAUGCAGUUCCCACAAGAGGGAGUUGAAGGAUCAAGAUGCCCUUGGAUCUGACGCCGUCGAUGCCAUCAAGGCCAUCAACUUCCCCGGCUUCCAUGUUGGCCCUCAAAUCACAAAGGAAUCUUUGACGGAAGAAUCCGAAUCCGAACGACUUGCCCGUGAGGUUCAACGUCUUUCCCGCAAGUAUGCGAGGUUCCAAUCCGCUGCUAUCCGAGAGAGGGCAUCCAAGUCUAAGAGACAGAGCCUGUAUCGCAUUGUCACAGCAGCAGACACCACUCUCAAGACCGCAGCCGCCGUCGCCCAGGAUGGUACCGACUUUUCCUACUUUGCCCAGGUCAAAUUAGGUUCCAAGGAGAAGCCUCUAUGGAUGCUCAUCGACACCGGAGCGGGAACUAGUUGGGUUAUGGGCAGCUCCUGCACAUCGCCGGCUUGCGAGAAGCAUGGCUCAUACGGCCCUACGGACUCGGACACGUACAAGCCAAAGGGGGAGACUUUUGCUGUCGCCUACGGAUCGGGUUCAGUCAAAGGCGAUAAGAUUACCGACACCGUUUCCUUUGCGGGCAUGAAGUUUGACUUCGAAUUUGGUGUGGCCAACGAGACGUCGGAUGAUUUCAAUCACUUUCCUUUCGACGGCAUUUUGGGACUUUCCAUGGCUGGUGGAGAGACCGAAAAUUUCAUGCAAGUUGUCAAGAGUUCCGGCCAACUUCCUGCAAACAUCUUCUGUGUAUAUCUUAACAGGGCGGCGGAUGGACCGAACACGAGCGAAAUCAGCUUUGGUACCUGCAAUACCGACAAGUACACAGGCAACAUCACCUACACUGGAGUUGGAAACGACAAUGGAGACUGGGCAAUCCCUCUUGAUGGGAUUCAGUACGACGGCCUCAAGUCUGGCGCAGCUGGCAAGCUCGCUUAUGUCGAUACUGGUACCUCUUACGUCUUCGGACCCCAGACCGACGUCGCUGCCUUCCACAAGAAUAUUCCUGGAUCUACCUCGGACGAUGGCACGACGUACAAGGUGCCGUGCGACAGCAACAAGGAUGUAACAUACACAUUCUCGGGUGUCAGCUAUGUUAUCUCCCCUAAGGACUGGAGAUCCAGCCCUGCAGCAGACGGAACAUGCACAAGCAACAUUUACGGCCAUGAGGUCGUAGCAGGAGCCUGGCUUUUGGGAGACGUCUUCCUCAAAAAUGUCUAUGCUGUAUUUGACAAGGACCAGAAACGCAUAGGUAUGUCGUCACUGUUAUUGCCAUUUUAUCGUCUUAGAUGCUAACCGCUGGCCCUAAAGGAUUUGCGACCAGAGUCGACCCUCCACCAGUAACCAGCACCGCAACUGCUUCGGCCACACCGGCAGUGGUUAACAACCCGGGCCAAACAUCUGCUGUAUCAGCUGGUCCGACGACUGGCCCCGCCCUCGGUCUGGGAGGCCAUGAGACUGCUACAGGCAGCGCCGCUGCGCAGACCUCACCCGCCGCUCAGUCAGGGGCUGCAUCAUAUGCCUCUAUCACUCACGUGAACGUGGCCGCUGCAGCAUCUUUC